GCAGUACUACUGUCUCAUUAAACAGCAAUUAUAAACUAGGAAACGGCGGUGAAUGUUGGUUAUUGAGCGCGGCCAACGAAUCUAAAAUGACAAGAAUCUUCGUAAUAUUUCUCCUCGUCUUGGGGAUCUGCCGGGCGAGUUUUCUGCUUGAACAUAUCGACGAAGAGGAUGACUAUUUGAAAUACAGGCUACCGACCGGCGUAAUGACACCGACCGCAUACAAAUUGCACUACAAGCUUAAUUUCGUUAGAUUCACAUUUCAUGGUGAAGUGGACAUCACGUUAAUAGCGUUGACCACGAACGAUACCGUGACGCUGAACUUAAAAGACUUGACAAUCUUCGACAUUAAGUUCGUGGAUUUGAAUACAACGAAGACUUUCAGGACUGAGUACCUAUUGGACGAAGAGCACGAGAUUCUAGUCAUCACGGUAAAGCCCCAGUUUGAAAAGGAUCAUCACUACUCGCUUCAGAUAAAAUACAUUGGAGUUUUGAACGACGAUUCGAAAGGAUUUUAUAGGAGCAGGGUCACGCACAUGGGCCAAGUCAUCGGGUACGCAGCAACGACUCAUUUCGAGCCGACGUAUGCUCGACUAGCGUUCCCAUGUUGGGACGAGCCUAUCUACAAGGCGAAAUUCAACAUCAGUUUGACAUACAAUAAGGCAUUUCGAGCAAUCUCUAAUACGGAAGUACUGAAAAAAGAAGAAAAUUAUGGGAUGAUGACUACUUUUUUCAAAGAAACCCCACUAAUGUCUACUUAUUUGGUAGCAUUCGUGGUAAGCGAACAUCAAUUUAAGGAAGAUAAAGUCGGCAACUUCACCUAUAGGGUGUGGACUAAAAAGAGCGCAAUAGACUGGGUUGAUUACGCUUUGACAAUAAGUAGGAAGCUUCUGGAACAGCUGAACUUGUACACGAAUAUUUCAUACCAGACAUAUAUGCCAGACAAAAUAGAUCAAAUCUCGCAGAAAGAUUUCUCGGCCGGCGCCAUGGAGAAUUGGGGCCUCUUGAUUUAUAG